AGCAGUUGCAGGAACAGCCACAGGUCUUCAAAAUACAGCAUAGGCUACAGGAAAGAGUUGCAAAAUCAAAAACAGCUUUUCGGGCAGCAGAUACAUUGUGGCUUCCCAUGGGCCCGGAGAGCUGGCUUGAAGCUUUUCAUAGUUGACUCAAAGAUGAUAUUUCUUCCUUUGGAUGUUAAGUUGAAGUUUCAAGACUUUGUGCUGUAGAGAACUAAAGCUGAUGACCUGACAGAGGACUUGGAAAUCUCUCAGCUUUUCUGCACAUUCAGUGUCCGCACAUUGUUCUCAAUCUGUCGAGUCAAUCACCAAACUCUGUGUGAGAGGCUCAGCCGGACAGGACCAGAGACUUUAAUUUGUCACCAUAGCAGGCCGUGACAACUGAGGGACUUACUGACCCAACUGGACUGUAGUGGUCCCACCAUGGGGAAGACUGGGCAGAGUACAGUGGACCUAAACUCCCCAACAGAGGUCAAACAAGCCGUUCCCUUUGAGGAGCUGGACCCUGUGGUGCCCUCUGCAGAUAAAAACAAGAAGAAAGAAGAGCCACCUGACAGGGGAAGCUGGAAGGGAAAGUUUGAUUUCCUGGUGUCAUGUGUGGGAUAUGCCAUUGGCCUGGGAAAUGUCUGGAGGUUCCCUUAUCUGUGUGGCAAGAACGGUGGAGGGGCCUUUCUGAUCCCGUACUUUUUGACCCUGGUGUUUGCUGGGAUACCUCUCUUCCUCUUGGAGACGGCUCUGGGACAGUUCACCUCAGUGGGAGGGCUGGGGGUGUGGAAGCUCAUCCCUAUGAUGAAAGGUGUUGGUUUAGCUGCAGUGGUUCUGUCCUUCUGGCUCAACAUCUACUAUAUUAUCAUCAUUGCCUGGGCACUCUACUACUUAUUCAACUCCUUUGGUUCGGAGCUGCCUUGGCAAAGCUGUAAUAACCCCUGGAACACAGAGAAAUGUUUUUGCAACUACACUCUGACAGAUACCACCAACCUGACCAGUGCUGUCACUGAGUUCUGGGAGCAUAACAUGCACCAGUUGUCCAGUGGUCUGGAGGAGCCAGGAGAGGUUCGCUGGCCCUUAGUGGGCACUCUGGCGCUGGCCUGGGUCCUUGUCUAUUUCUCAAUCUGGAAAGGAGUGGAGUGGACAGGGAAGGUGGUGUAUUUCUCAGCCACCUAUCCCUACGUCAUGCUGUUCAUCCUGUUCUUGCGCGGGGUCACUCUGCCUGGAGCCAUAGACGGGAUCCUCUUCUACAUCACUCCAGACUUCAAAAAGCUCAUGCGAUCUGAGGUGUGGCUGGAUGCAGCGACUCAAAUCUUCUUUUCCUAUGGACUGGGCCUGGGCUCACUCAUCGCCCUGGGGAGCUACAACCCUUACAACAACGAUGUGUACAGGGACUCCAUCAUAGUGUGCUGCAUUAACUCCUGCACCAGCAUGUUCGCUGGCUUCGUCAUCUUCUCCAUUGUAGGCUUCAUGUCCCAUAUCACUAAGAAACCUGUCCAGGAAUUAGCAGCAUCAGGUCCAGGUCUGGCGUUUUUAGCUUACCCUCAGGCCGUCACCCAGCUGCCCAUGUCCUCUCUGUGGGCCAUCCUCUUCUUCUCCAUGCUUGUGAUGCUGGGCCUGGACAGUCAGUUCUGCACAGUGGAAGGCUUCAUCACAGCUCUAAUGGAUGAAUAUCCCAUGGUGCUGAGGAAGAGGAAGAAGAUCUUCAUCUUCAUUGUCUGCUUCAUCUCCUUCAUCAUCGGCUUCUCCAACAUCACACAGGGUGGUCUGUACGUGUUCAAGCUGUUUGAUUACUACUCGGCCAGUGGGAUGUGUCUUCUCUUCCUCGUCUUCUUCGAAACCGUUUCCAUAGCCUGGUUUUAUGGAGCUGAAAGGUUUUAUACGAACAUUGAAGACAUGAUCGGCUAUAGGCCAUGUGGCUGGUGGAAGCUCUGUUGGAAGUUCUUCACUCCGCUGAUCUGCCUGGGGGUGUUUACCUUCAGUGCCUUUGAGAUGACCCCUCUGAUGUUGGGGAAGUAUGUGUACCCGCUGUGGGGCCAAGUGAUUGGCUGGUUCAUGGCUUUGUCUUCCAUGAUAUUGAUCCCGGGCUAUUUCAUCUACAUGUUCUGCAUCACCAAGGGCAGCAUCAAAAAGCGUUGGCGGAAGAUGACAACUUCCCAGGAGGAUGAAAAGCCAUCGGGGCAUGAAGAAUUUACACACAUGGGGAGCAUGGGCGACGCUCCUGUCUAGCCAGGAUUGUUCAGGUCAAAAUAAUUCCCUUGUCUGCCAGGACUUACUGUAGUCAACACUGAAAUUUGACAUUUGGAUGGAUGGAGCCUUGUACCGCAUUUUUCUGUGAUGUUUUCCUUUAUAUUAAAUUAUGCCGAAAAAUUUGUCUGAACAAUAGAGUUAUGAUGAAUAAACUCAGGAGUGACAUUGGAUAUUAAUGAACACUCCUCCUGUCAAUGAUCCGGCCGAAUUAAUGCGAUAAAAAUUGUUACCUUGCCCCCUUUUUUUUUAACCAUUGUUUUUUAUUACCAUGCCUUUCAUCUGGGGGGUACAAAACACAUUGCAUAGUUAAAAACCAAUGCCCAAGUCCUACAAAUCAGGAACUAUGUCAGAGGAAACAUUUCAAAUUUCGAAACUUAGAAUUCUUCGGAUGAACUUCAGUUCCUAUUGACAUGAACCAAAAAGCUGGUCUUUAUGCUUGCAAAUGUGUGGGCGGGUCAGACUGCUCCAUCUCCACAGCACCUGAUGGAGUCCUGGGAGAGUGAAAUAGGAGUAGGAAUUUCAGAAGACGUCUUCACAGCAUUUACAUGACAUGGCAUGAGUUAAUUCAGUAUAAGGUCAUACAUAGACUCCAUUAUUCAUGUGUUAAAUUGCACUUUUUCUACGCAUCCUUGUCACUUGUAUUCAAUGCAAACAAUCUGAUGGAACGCUGGCUCGUAUGUUUUGGUUCUGCACCAGACUCUAGGUUUUGGUCAGAAGUCUUUCAUUGCUACUCAGAUGUUAAUGGAUUUGAGGUCACAACAGCUGGAAACUCUAAGUCAUUGGGAAACUUUGUCGAUGUAGUAUGGAAUGGUCAUUUCAAAGGAAAUCAUUCUCAAGGUCUGGAACAAAGGGACAUCAUCCUGUUUGGAACCUGGCUCACAGAGGUUCUCUAGUUCUUUAUGUAUGGAGAAAAUCUUAUGAGAUGUCAGGGAAAGCAAGUUAAACAUUUGUCUUCAUAUACUUUUCAAAACACACUGUAAUUGUAUAAACAGAUGACCAUCCAAUCCUAUGAAGAAGAGUACACUAAGUUUUGUUUUUGCUUCCUUAUAUGUGAAAGGAAUGAUGGGAGGAGGCGGGUAAUGUUCCUGUCUGUUAACCACUUCAAUGUCUUGUCUGUUUUCUUUCUGAAAAAGUUAUAAAUAAAAUAUUUAAAAAUGAAAAAUGUUGCCGAAAAAUCCGGCAAAUAAAAGUAAGAAAAUGAGGGUCACUUUUGAUAAAUUUAGAGGAUAGAUUUCCUUUUGCAGUAAGAGUAAACUCUCAGCAUUGAACCUGUGUACAUAUACCACAUUCAUGUAUGACUGUAAAUCUUCCUCCUUACUUGUACAAUUUCUCUACUACUCAACAAAAUCACAGUAUUUGUCUAAGCUUACCACAAAUGUUUGAAUGUUGUUGUACAGAAGCAUUGAAAAAGUAUGGAAACCUGUUAAAACUUGAUUUUACAUGUAAAACUGUAAGGCAUCAACGAUUAUUUGCUUGUGGUAGCUUGAAGAACCAACCAACCAGCCACUGUGAUAUUUUUGUCCAGCAAUAAAUAUGUGGGCCACCCAGUUGAAAAAAACAAACAUUUAGAAUGUAUGUAUUGAUUAAAGUUGUACAGGCUAUUCACCUUA